GAUCAUGAUUUUACAAUGAGACCUGGAUUUGGAGGUCCGUCAAUACCUGUUGGUGUAGAUGUCCAGGUGGAAAGCCUGGACAGCAUUUCUGAAGUGGAUAUGGACUACACAAUAACAUUAUACCUGAGACAUUACUGGAAAGAUGAGAGGCUCGCGUUUCCAAGCUCGAACAACCUGAGCAUGACAUUCGAUGGGAGACUUGUCAAAAAGAUCUGGGUCCCUGAUAUGUUCUUUGUUCACUCCAAAAGGUCUUUCAUUCAUGACACAACCACAGAUAACAUUAUGCUACGUGUGUAUCCUGAUGGGAAUGUACUGUACAGUUUGAGGAUUACAGUGACAUCAAUGUGCAAUAUGGAUUUCAGUCGCUAUCCUCUUGACACACAGAGCUGUUCACUGGAAAUUGAAAGCUAUGCGUACACUGAUGACGACCUUAUGCUGUAUUGGAAGAAUGGGAAUGAAUCAUUAAAGACGGAUGAAAAGAUAUCCUUGUCUCAGUUCCUGAUCCAAGAAUUUCACACAACCACAAAGCUAGCAUUUUACAGUAGCACAGGUUGGUACAAUCGUCUGUACAUCAAUUUUACGCUGCAUCGCCACGUUUUCUUCUUUUUGCUACAAACCUACUUCCCGGCGACGCUGAUGGUCAUGCUGUCCUGGGUGUCCUUCUGGAUCGAUCGCCGAGCCGUGCCAGCCAGGGUUCCAUUAGGUAUAACAACAGUUCUAACCAUGUCCACCAUCAUCACUGGUGUCAAUGCUUCCAUGCCAAGGGUGUCGUAUAUCAAAGCUGUGGACAUUUACCUGUGGGUUAGUUUUGUGUUCGUCUUUCUCUCUGUGCUGGAGUACGCUGCUGUGAACUACUUGACCACAGUCCAAGAAAGGAAAAUGAGAAAACUCAGAGAAAGGCUGCCUUGCACUUGUGGAGAACCGCAGCCUGGUCCAGUGAUGCUCGAGAGCACCUUCAGUGAUGGAGAAGUUAGCAACCUGGCUGAAUUUGUUAGAACUGGUUAUGUUGCAGAAAAUGUAGAAAAGCAAGAGAGACGACUUGUACAAUUGAGUAUUGCUAAUGACGCAAAUCAAAAUAAGAAAAACGUAAGCGGAUAUAUUUGGAUUGAUACACACGCAAUUGAUAAAUAUUCUAGACUGAGUUUUCCAGGUGCUUACAUACUGUUUAAUAUUAUAUAUUGGUCUAUUUACACCUAA